AAUACCCACCAUCUAAAUGGGCUUAACUGUUUCGGGGUCCGCCGGCAAUAUCCAGGUUCCGCGCCAUUACCUUUCCCCCUCUCUGGAAAAUCUAGAAGUCAGCUCGAGUCGAACUCCAAGGUUCUCUCUCUUGGCUCUAUGCAUUUGAAGACAAAAAUUUUCAAAAUUUGAUUCUAGGGUUUCUCCAUUAGAACAAAAAUGGAGGCCAUGGCUGUAAACCCCAGUACCUCCUCCACCGCCAUUGUCAACCAACCUUCCCAAAAUCUCCCUUCGUCUUCGUCAAUCCCAGGAAAGCCAACCCCACCCAUGAAACCACUUCUUAAGGUCCACCAAUUCCCAUCCCACCUGGACGCACCGGAUAUUUCCCCCACAGCCCGUACAAUCUGCGAAGUCCUCACCCGUGCCUCUCCACACGACAUCGAAUCUGCACUCUCUUCUACGGGCAUUUCGCCCUCCCCUGAAAUUGUCGAAGAAGUCCUCAGAUUUUCCUAUCACUACCCGUCCUCUGCUCUGAAGUUCUUCCGGUGGGCUAUGCAGACCCAGAAGCACUCGGCCGAUGCUUGGAAUCUCAUGGUCGACUUGCUUGGCAAGAAUCAGCUCUUCGAGGCGAUGUGGGACGCAGUGCGGUCGAUGAAGCAGGAAGGAGUGCUCUCGACGGCCACGUUCGCAUCGGUCUUCGAGAAUUAUUGCACGGUAAGGAGGUCUAACGAGGCGGUCAUGAGCUUUGAUGUGAUGGAUAGGUACGGAAUUCAACAAGAUGUUGUAGCGGUAAAUUUGCUGUUGAGCGCAUUUUUCCGUGAGGACAAUCAAACGGCCAAGGCGUUGGAGUUCGUCGAAAGGAUCAAAACGAAGAUCCCACCCGAUGUGGACACGUUCACCAUUGUGUUGGGAGGAUUGGAGAAGGAAGGCAAUGUGUCGCAAGCCAUACGUACGUUUCGCGAGAUGGUGGAGGGUGUCGGUUGGAGCCUGCACUAUAUGGGGGCUUAUGAUGCAUUCUUGAUGACGCUUGUACGUGGGGCAGCGGUCGACGAGGCCAUCAAGUUUCUUGAAGUUAUGAAGGGAAAUAACUGCUUGCCAGGUUUGAAAUUCUUUUCAAAUGCUCUUGAUAUUCUUAUUGAUCAAGGCGAUUCGCGCCAAGCAAUCCCAUUGUGGGAUAUUAUGGUGGGUAGUGGAUUGUUGCCUAACUUGAUAAUGUAUAAUUCCAUGAUUGGCUUACUCUGCAACAGCGAUGAUAUCGAUAAUGCAUUUCGUCUCCUGGAUGAGAUGGUCUUUAGUGGUGCUUUUCCCGAUUCGUUAACUUAUAACAUGAUAUUUGAAUGUUUGAUUAAAAACAAGAAGGUCCAUGAAUUGAGUAAGUUCUUUAUUGAGAUGAUUAAGAAUGAAUGGCUGCCUACGCAUUCCAAUUGCGCAAUGGCCAUUGCAAUGUUGUUUGAAGGCUAUGACCCCGAAACAGCCAUUGAGAUUUGGAACUACAUGAUUGAGAACAAUAUUAAGCCUCUUGAUAAGAGCGCAAAUGCUUUGCUCCUUGGUCUUUGUAAGUUAGGUAGGUUGUCGGAGUUGGGGAGUUUUGCCAAUGAUAUGCUUGAUAGAAGAGUCAGAAUAUAUGACUCGACAAUGGAAAACUUGAAGAAUGCUUUCUAUAAGGAGGGUAGAGCUUCAAGGGAUAAAUUUGAUAGUCUUUCAAGGAGGUGGAAAGCUCGCUAGAGUUCAUGCUGUAAACUUCUUCCUUUUUUUCCUUUUUCCUUUUUUCUUUUUUUUUUUUGUGAUCUGGCAUAAUAUGUGUAUUUUGCCUUUGGGGGAAUGUUUCACUAACUGGCACUCCUUUAAUGAAGGCUUAUGCUCUUGUUUGUGUUUGCACAGUUAAAUUGAAAGUUUGUGAGAUGCCGUUGAUUCCUUAAACUUC